AUGGCACGUCAACUGGUAGCUCUCGCCCUCAUCAUCUCCGUCGUCGCUUUCGCCGCGGUGGUUUCCGCCCAAUCACCCAGCAGCUCUCCGGCUGCCGCUCCCACCAAGUCAAGUGCUUCCCCAGAAGAAUCCCCCGCGCCAGUUUCAGCCAACUCCCCGGCCGGGACCCCAGACGCUGCCCCCGGACCAGCUGCCACCAACGACGCCGCCCCCGGCCCAGCUGUCACCGACGACUACGACUACUCGCCGGAAGCUCCUACCCCUUCUAGCACCACCACCGGCGGCCCCGCGGCAUCCCCCACGGAGGAGUCCGCAUCUUCACCUGCCUCCAGUACCGAGUCCACCACCCCCUCCAGCAGCCCCACAUGCUCCGUCCCGUCAACUCCUGCCGCGACGACUCCUUCCCCGACUGAGACACCCGCUGACAGCGGCGCCUCCUCCUUGAAGGUGUCUGCAGUUAUCGGCUCCGCCAUUGCUGUUGGAUUCUUCUUUUUCUAA